AUGAUUCCUCAAAUUAACUGCUUUUUGGAUGGCUGUGAUACGUCGGUAGUAGUUUUUGGACAAGCAAAGACUGGGAAAACGUAUACACUAUUUGGUCCAGGAUUUGAAUGCAUACAUAGUGAAUGUGACCAAGGAAUAGUCCCAAGAUUCCUCACUGAUAUUUUUCAUAAGCUGAGUCAAAUGCCAGAAAGAGAGUUUAUAUUACACAUAACAUGGAUGCAAGUUGUCAACAAUAACAUAUUCGAUGUUCUAGGCGCUGGCUUAGCAGAAUGUGAUGAGUGCUUAAAUGGAGAUGUUGUUGGUGACAAUAAAGAUAUAACUACUAAGCAAGGUUUGCCUCGAAUAGCAGAAGACACAGAGCCAAGUGAACCCAGUGAAUCUGAUGUUGAAUCAGAUUCUGAGGAUAGUGACUCAGAAACAGUUUUCCAGGAUAAGGUUGAAAAGUAUAUGGAGUACUUUAGAGAAAAGAAUGAUCAACUAUUUGCUGAAAGAUGUGAAGAAUAUUUGAAUCACAUUGAUUCUGAUGAUAUAACUAUAUCAGAAACCAGUGGAUCACAGUCUUUGCCAGUGAUGACAUCACAGUCAAAUUCAGGAAGGAGAAGAACCAUUCAGCCUGGUGAAAGCUUAUCAGGAGCUGAAUUAGAAUUAUUAAGGAAGGUGGCAGCUAAGGCAAUCUCUCCUGAAUCUCAGAAAAUAAUAUUAGAAUCUCAUAAGAAAGAUAUUGAUCCUGAGCCUAAGUUGAUAGAAAGAGAACUUUUAAAAAUGAUUGACUCACCAAAGACUGCUGAGAUAUGUAAAAAGUAUAAAAUGACAAAAGAGAAAUACAGUCAGAAACAAAUGUUAGCUAGAAAACUUUCAAAAGAAAUCAGUAGCAGCCAAACCCAGCUCAAAGAGUUGAUUAAUCUUUGUAUAGCCAAGGAAAGGCUAAUAGAUUCUGAGGAAAGAAAAAUAUUUGAGUGUGAAGAAGCUAUUGAAGCAAUUGAUACAGCAAUAGAAUAUAAGAACAAUUUAAUAUGCGGAAAAUCACCAUCAGCUUCCCUUACUGAUUCUCAGGACAACAAAGAUUCACGAACAAGAGGUGAACAGAUGUUGAUGGCAAGACUAGAUAAGUUGUCACAUGAUGAAAUGAAGACUUUAUUGUACAGAUACUUUGAGAAGGUUGUCGACUUGAGGAGUGCAUGUGCGGCGCUCGAGGCCGGGGCUGCGGCGGCGGCGGAGGAGGCGGCCGCGUGGCGUUCCCGCGCCGCAGCAGCAUGGCGCCACGCGCACCGUCCGCGACCCGCGCCCCACACAAGAUGUUUGGAUGCUAAUAAUAUAAAUGAGAGGGCACUAUCACUGGGUUUGACAACGGAUUCUGAGACAUCUGAUGAUGCUAUGCGGCUGGUGGAUAGAAUGAGGCAACUAGCCAGGUAUCCUCCGGCCCCAGUGAUACCAAGUCAAAAUUUAAGGCAGCUGAUGCCAGCUACCAACAUGCCAGUGGCAAAGGUCACAAAGGAAAGAAACAAGCUAGUUAUUAUUCAGCAGAAUAAGAAAAUC